AUGCAGCCAAUGAUAAUUAUUUUAAAAGAGGGUACAGAUUCUUCACAAGGUAAAUCGCAAGUAUUAUCAAAUAUAAGUGCAUGUCAAGCUGUAGCAGAAGCUGUACGAACAACAUUGGGACCAAGAGGAAUGGAUAAAUUAAUUGUUGACAAUAGAGGAAAAGCCACAAUUUCAAAUGAUGGCGCAACAAUACUGAAAUUAUUAGAAGUUGUACAUCCAGCUGCUCGAACACUAGUUGAUAUUGCCAAAUCUCAAGAUGCAGAAGUCGGUGAUGGUACGACAUCGGUAGUAUUAUUGACCGGUGAAAUUUUGAAAAAUUGUCGUCAAUUUAUCGACGAUGGUAUGCAUCCAACAGUGAUUAUUCGUGCACUAAGAAAAGCUGCAGCAAUUGCGAAUCAGAAAGUAAAAGAAAUUGCCGUCAGUGUUAAAACGGAUGAUGCCAAAGAACAACGUGCUCUGUUAGAAAAAUGUGCUGCCACAACAUUAAGUUCAAAAUUAAUUGCACGACAAAAAGAAUUUUUUUCAAAAAUGGUUGUUGAUGCUGUACUUAUUUUAGAUGAUUUAUUACCGUUAAAUAUGAUUGGAAUUAAAAAAGUUAACGGUGGUUCACUUGAAGAAUCUCGUCUAGUUGCCGGUGUAGCAUUUAAAAAAACAUUUUCAUAUGCUGGUUUUGAAAUGCAACCAAAACAAUAUCAAAAACCAAAAAUAGCCAUGUUAAAUAUUGAAUUAGAAUUAAAAGCAGAAAGAGAUAAUGCCGAAAUACGUUUAGAUAAUGUUGAAGAAUAUCAAAAAAUAGUUGAUGCUGAAUGGACAAUUUUGUAUUCAAAAUUAGAAAAACUUCAUCUAGCUGGUGUAAAAGUUGUAUUAUCAAAAUUACCUAUUGGUGAUGUAGCUACUCAAUAUUUUGCUGAUCGUGAUAUGUUUUGUGCUGGUCGUGUUCAAGAAGAUGAUUUAAAACGAACUCAAAAAGCAUGCGGUGGAGCUAUAAUAACAACGGUUGAAAAUUUAAAUGAAAGUGUAUUGGGUUCAUGUCAACAUUUUGAAGAACAACAAAUUGGUGGAGACAGAUACAAUUUUUUUACUGGUUGUCCAAAAGCUAAAACAGCAACGUUAAUAUUACGAGGAGGUGCUGAACAAUUUAUUGACGAAGUUGAACGUUCAUUACAUGAUGCCAUUAUGAUUGUUCGACGAGCAGUUAAAAAUGAUAGUGUUGUAGCUGGAGGUGGAGCAAUUGAAAUGGCCUUAUCACGUACACUUCGAGAUUUUAGUCGAACAAUUGCUGGUAAAGAACAAUUAAUCAUUGCUGCAUAUGCCAAAUCAUUUGAAAUUAUACCACGACAAUUGUGUGAAAAUGCUGGAUUUGAUGCAACAAAUAUUUUAAAUAAAUUAAGACAAAAACAUGCUGAAAAUGGUAUAUGGUUUGGUGUUGAUAUUUCUCGUGAAGAUGUUACCGAUAAUUUUCUAGCAGCUGUUUGGGAACCCGCUGUUGUUAAAAUAAAUGCAAUUACAGCGGCUAGUGAAGCAGCAUGUCUUAUUUUAUCUGUUGAUGAAACAAUUAAAGUACCAAAAUCUGUUGCUGAAACAUCAAAUGCUGCCAAACAAAUGGGCAUGGGUGGUUAA